AUCCCGGCGUGCCCCGCGCUGCGCGGACUCGGCGGCGGGCUGCGCACCGCUGGCCCAGGAAGCCGCGUCGGCUGCGGCGGCGUGGUACGAGGCUGCGGGAGUGCUGGCGGCCGGAGGCGACGACGCGGGGUCGACAUGGAAGUGAAGGAUGCCAAUUCUGCGCUGCUCAGUAACUAUGAGGUGUUCCAGUUACUGACUGAUCUGAAAGAGCAAAGGAAAGAAAGUGGAAAGAACAAACACAGUUCUGGGCAACAGAACUUGAAUACUAUCACCUAUGAAGUAAGCCUAUGCUACUGGAGAGGCUACCCAACUACCACUGAGACAUUAAAAUAUAUAUCAAAAACACCAUGCAGGCACCAGACUCCUGAGAUUGUCAGAGAAUUUCUCACAGCAAUGAAAAGCCACAAGUUGACCAAAGCUGAGAAGCUUCAGCUGCUGAAUCACAGGCCUAUGACUGCUGUUGAGAUCCAGCUGAUGGUUGAAGAGAGUGAAGAACGGCUCACAGAGGAGCAAAUCGAAGCCCUCCUCCAUACCGUCACGAGCAUUCUGCCUGCGGGGCCAGAGGCUGAACAGAAGAAAAACAUGAAUGACAUGACAGUGGAUGAAGAGGACCCAGCAUAGAAGAGCACAGCCAGCCAGCUGCCUCAUGAAGCUGAAAAGCCCAGCAGCCAUUUCCCAGACAUCCAGAGGAUUUUUCAUUUGGUUUUACCCUUUAUCCCAAUGAUUUCAUGGUUGGUCAGAUAAAACACAAAAAUAAGCUAAGAAGAA